CAACAAUCGAGAAACCAAAAGAAAAAUAAACGAAUUUAUAUUAAAAAAAAUUUCACUCGCCGGAGACGCCGUCGUUUCGACGCCGGUGCUCCGUCUUAACCCUCCAAAGGUUUUCGUCGGAGGUAAAACAAAAUGAAACGAAAAGGAGUCGGAUUUUCUCUCCCCGUCACGGUGGUGAUGCUGGUGAUCGGUUUCAUCUAUUUCUCGACGGUUUUCACUUUCAUCGAUCGGUGGUUCAGCCUCACUUCCUCUCCCGGAAUUGCGAACGCCGCCGUGUUCACCGCCUUGGCUCUGAUGUGUAUCUACAACUACUCCAUCGCGAUUUUCAGGGAUCCAGGUCGGGUUCCACUCAAUUACAUGCCAGAUGUCGAAGAUCCGGAGAGUCCUGUCCACGAGAUCAAGCGCAAGGGAGGAGAUUUGAGGUAUUGCCAAAAGUGUUCACAUUUCAAACCUCCACGAGCUCACCAUUGUCGAGUUUGCAAAAGAUGUGUGCUUAGAAUGGACCACCAUUGUAUUUGGAUCAACAACUGCGUAGGACACACUAACUACAAGGUCUUCUUCGUAUUCGUUGUCUAUGCGGUGACUGCGUGUGUAUACUCUCUGGUUUUGCUUGUGGGAAGCCUUACUGUUGAACCUCAAGACGAAGACGAAGAGAUGGGAAGCUAUCUAAGAACUAUAUAUGUAAUUUCAGCUUUUGUUCUUAUCCCAUUGAGCAUCGCGUUAGGUGUUCUUCUCGGGUGGCACAUUUACCUCAUUUUACAAAACAAAACGACCAUCGAGUACCACGAAGGAGUGAGAGCUAUGUGGUUAGCAGAGAAAGGUGGGCAAGUCUAUAAGCAUCCGUAUGACAUAGGCGCAUAUGAGAACCUAAUCUUGAUUUUGGGUCCCAACAUACUUUCUUGGCUCUGCCCUACAUCAAGGCAUAUAGGUUCUGGUCUGCGUUUUCGUACAGCUUUUGAUUCAACCCCUGUUUCAUCUGAAACAAAACCUUAGCCCUAGUCCAAAUCAUAUCUUCCCAAUUUUUGGUGAGUUCCAUAGAAAAGGCAGCAGAUUUUCAACUUCACAGCUCUCUGGCUCUGUCCUUAUCAGGCGUUUUAGCCGCCUCAGCACAAAACCAAGACUAGCGGGUAAUCAGUAGUAGACUCUGCUUGACAAGGUUCUGACUCUCAUCAUUGUUAACUGGACCAAGAGCAUCCGUUUGUGAAAAUUAUGGCGUCAGUUAGAGCUAGGUAAGUUUUUUUUUUUUUGUAUUUCUCCCGUUUUUCUUUGGAUUCGUCAAAAAGGAGAAGGAAGUUAGGUUGUGGAUACAGAACUCAAAAGUUGAUUAUGCUUAUACAUACCACUUAACAAGUGAAAAGACAUCUUUGUAAGUUAAUUGAAAAGUAUCUUAAAUUCUUGUCAGAAUCAGAAAGUU